AUGGCAGAAGAAGAGAGCAAGUCGGACCUCACGUGGAUGCCGCAAGGCACCGUGGCGCUGGCAGACGGCGAGUACGACGUCAUCGUGCUGGGCACAGGCCUCAAGGAGUGUAUUCUAAGCGGCCUGCUGGCUGUGAACGGGAAAAAGGUGCUGGUCGUCGACCGCAACGCGUACUACGGCGGCGAGUGCGCGUCUCCGAAUCUGACGAACCUGUACAAGAAGUUCAAGCCGGGGCAGGACCCGCGCAGUGACUUGGGCGCCGACCGCGACUACAAUGUGGACCUGGUGCCCAAGUUCAUUAUGGCGUGUGGCAAGCUGGUCAAGAUGUUGCUGCACACGAAAGUGACGCGGUACUUGGAGUUCAAGAACGUGGACGGCAGCUACGUGGUCAAGGGUGGGCGUACCCACAAGGUCCCUGCAACGGGGGAAGAAGCGCUACGCUCGUCGCUCAUGGGGAUGUUUGAGAAGCGCAAGUUCCGCAAGCUCAUUAUGUACAUUUACAACUACGAGGAGGACGACCCGAAGACGUACGAGGGCAUGGACCUGUUGACACAGCCCAUGAGCGACCUCUUUGAGAAAUACGGAGUCGAUGCCAACACGCAGAGCUUCAUGGGCCAUGCGAUGGCGUUGAUGCGGGACGAGUCGUACCACAAGCGCCCGGCCAUUGAAACGGUGCGUGCUAUCAAGCUCUAUGCUUACUCGCUGGAACGUUAUGGCAAGUCGCCGUACAUCUACCCGCUGUAUGGAUUGGGCGGGUUGCCCGAGAGCUUCUCGCGUCUCUGUGCGAUCAAUGGCGGCACGUUUAUGCUGAACCGAUCGGUAGACGAGAUCCUCAUGGACGAGCACGGCAAGGCAUGGGGUAUCAAGUGCGACAAUGAAGUGGCUAAGGCCAAGCUCGUGAUUGGCGAUCCGUCCUACUUUCCUGCGGAAAAGGUGUGCAAGACUGGCGUCGCCGUCCGUUCGAUCUUCAUCUUGAAUCAUCCCGUGCCCAACUCGAACAAUGCCGAGUCGCUGCAGAUCAUUAUCCCCGCUGCUCAGGCCGACCGCAACAACGAUAUCUACGUCGCUGUCGUGUCGUUUGCCCACUGUGUUGCGCCACAAGGCAUCUACAUUGCUAUUGUGAGCACGCUCGCGGAGACGUCGGUGCCACUGCAGGAGCUAGAGCCUGGCGUCAAGUUGCUGGGCCCGUACCUCGAGCGCUUUGACAUUAUCACGGACAUGUUUGAGGCCGUGGCGGACGGCAAAGACGACAAUUGCUACAUCAGCGCCUCGUACGACCCGACGAGCCACUUUGAGACGACGUCGGAGGACGUGCUGGACCUGUACAAGCGCAUCACGGGCGAAGAUCUCGACAUGAACAUUAACGCCGACUCGACGGAUGUGGGCGAGUAA